AUGGUGCCCUUCCUCCAGGUGCUGGUCGUGUUCCUGUACCUUUUCCGGGCAACAGUGGGCCAGCAGUCCUGUGGAGUGGGAGAUGACGGUGUCUCCAGCAUAGAAGACACAAUGAAGAGGCGCUUUGCCAACAAGGAAUGGACAAACCGCACGCUGCCCUACGACUUGCAGCGUCGCGUGCUCAAGCUCGCUUUGACGGCCCCGAGCGCCCUCAACACGCAACCCGGGAGACUGGUCGUUGUUGACACGCAGGAGUCGAAGCAGAGGCUUGCGGAGGCCAUGGACGGCCCCAACCCGCACCACGUGCUCGAGUCCUCCUUCUCAGUGGUCUUCGCUGCUGAUCCGGCGCCUCCUCUUCCUGCAGAUGCUCCACCCUUCUUUGCCCAAGUGCUGAGGGACGUGUCCCUGGCCCAGGCCUGCAGCCCUCAAGCAUGGGCCGAGAAGCAGGUGAUGCUCCAAGUAGCGCACUUUCUGCUGGCAGCGACGGAACACGGCCUGUACACGAACCCCAUGGAGGGCUUCAAAUCGAAAGCAGCGGUGCGAGAAGCCGUGGGCUUGCCAGACAACUACGGUGUCGCUGUGGUCGUGUCCGCGGGAUAUGCCAAACAUGAAGGGGCACAGGCAUCCAGACGGCCUCUACAGGAGGUCUGCUUCCGAGACAAUUACGGUGGCAAUCCCUGUCAGUAA